GCCAGCCUCAACACACCGAGUGGCUCCGCGUCUCCGUGGGCUCCGAAUUUCAAUCCGCCAUGGCGGUUUCGCGCGUGGCCCGGCUGGCGCUUGGGGCGGCGCUUUUGGCGCUGGGAGGCCUUACCUUGACGGCGCCCUCAGCGGAGCGCCCUCCGCGCGCACCGCGCGGAGGGCGAGCGGAGCGGGUUCUGGCGGAGGAGGCGGAGCUGCCGACUCCGAAGACCUGGCGGGAGCUGCGGCGGCACCCGCGGUUCGACCACAGCCCGGGCAGCGGCUGGCGCACGCAGCUCUUGCCGGACAAGGAAGCUUCUGAUCCACGCCGAGUCCAGGAGGGCCUGACGCGGGCGGAACGGCUAUCCGGAGUGCUGCGAGUGCUGGAUGGUGCCGACCUUUCAUCCUGGAGUGCGAUCAACGUGGCCACGGCCUGGCACCGUUUGGCCAAGUUCAGCCGCUUGCCCAAGCGCGGCGCCGCGCCGGAUCAGCGAGAUCUGCAGAUCCGCGACCUCCAGCGGCGCCUCGCGGAGCGGGCCCGGGAGCUGGGCCCGGAGGAGUUCACACCGCGAUCGAUCUCGACGCUUUUCUACGCCUGGGGGCUGAAGAGGUUCAAGUGCAAGUUGCUCAAGCCUUUCAGCAUCUCCGCCAGGACGCGCCUAAAGGAGUUCGACCCGCAGAGCAUAGCCAACAUGGUCUUCGGAAUGGGCCUCCUGGGCCUGCAGUACGAGGACCGUUUGCUGGAGGAAGUGGGGAAACAGGUGCCACAGAGGCUCAUUGAGUUCCAGUUGGAGGAGGUGAUUAGCAUGUUCUACUCGUUGGGGAAGCUGCGGUAUUCCCCGGCAGAGGGGAAACUGCUGGCGGCCAUGGGCGACUAUGUCAUUGACCGAAUCGACACCUUGGGGCCCACGCGUCUCUUGAAAGUCGUGGAGGCAGCGAACCAAGUGGACUUCCCCAAGUCCAGGCUGAUGAACGUGCUGAUGAACCAGAUCGCUAGGGAGAUCAAUGGCUUCACGGUGCACCAGAUCGUGGUGCUGGUGCGCUCGUGUGCUCAGGCCGAGGUGAAGCAUGCCAAGGGCACCACGGCCAUUACUGAGGAGGUCAUGAGCCGUCUCAGCGAACUCAACACAGAUGCACGCCUGUCGCAGAUCAUGGACAACCUGAAGAUCAUGCAGGACCUGGUCCGCAAGAAGAAGAAGAAGGAGGAGGUGGAGCUGACUCAAUGAGCGAGACCGCAAUGGGUCCUCUUGGCAUUUGGAUCGAGACCCAGAGCCUCGGUGA